CCUGUGUUAGCAGUGUUCUCAUGUUUACAUCAACGCGAAGUGCUUAAGUAACUUCAACAUGUCAGCCUCCAUAGCACGGGCGACAGUAAGGGCGGUUAACAGACGGAAGCUCUUGCCCUCAAGAGCCGCUCUAACAAUGACACCUUCAGCUGUGAAUAAAGUCAAACAGCUUUUACAGGAUAAGACAGAAUAUAUUGGCCUCAAGGUUGGUGUUCGAACCAGAGGUUGUAAUGGCCUCACCUAUACUCUUGACUACACUAAGGAGAAAGACAAAUCAGAUGAGGAGGUGUUGCAAGAUGGUGUGAGGGUUUUCAUUGAGAAGAAGGCACAGCUGACGUUGCUGGGCACAGAGAUGGAUUUUGUUGAAACGAAACUUUCCAGCGAGUUUGUAUUCAACAAUCCGAACAUCAAAGGAACAUGUGGGUGUGGGGAAAGCUUCAACAUAUGAACCUUGCUGCAUGUGUCACUGCACCUAAAGCUUUACUCCUUCAGGACAUCCACUCCAAGAUUCAGAGAUCCAUCCUGAAGAAGUGUAAGACAUAGGAGACUGAGAAAGACACUGCUGUUUAGUGGAAUGUUUGGGCAUCACCUCCUGUGCUGCCUCCAGCCACGUCAACAUACACCGAUACUUCUGAAAAAGAAACAUGCUUGCGAUUCAUAUCUUUCAAUAGAGGUUCAAAAAAUGCAUAUAAUUCCCUCAUAAAAAUCUAAAAUGAUGAAUUUUGCUUUUAAAAAAUUUAAUUAAUUAAAACCAAACAUUUUAAAUGUCAUUAUACAGGAUAUAUUCUUUCUGUAGAAAAAUAUUAGAAAAUAAUUAAUAAAAAAAAAUAACAACAUGCAGGCUUUGAACGACAAGAGGGUGAGGAAAUAAUGACAGAACUUUAAUUUUAGGGUUAACUUCUAUUCCUUUAAAGAAUAUUUUGUGUUUGAUGGUGUCUCUUGAACAUGUGCCUGUACAGCCAUCUCACGCAGAUCUCAGGGAGAGAUUAGAACUCCAUAUUUGUUUGAAGGAGUUUAAUAAAUUGCUUUGUUCUCUUCUGAGAACUUUAUACUUCAUCCAGUUGAGCUGGCACCCAUUCAUAUUUGUUAACCCAGUUAAUGAGAUCUAAUGAGGCUUAUCUUGAAAAGUGAAAACCUGGUGAAUGUCGUAACAUGUCUCAUUCUUAAAACUAGGGCCUUGAUGUACAACACAGUAGCCUUGCAGUUGCUUCCACUUGGUUACUUUGCACACACAUUUGGUGGAUUGUGGACCAGGAAUAAUUGACAUAAAUCUUUGUACAGUAUGUUGCCGCAUGUACCACUUUCCAUGGUAGUGGAAAAGAAUACAGCACAGGAAGAGAUGCCAUUUAGAGAAUUUUCAAAUGCAACUUAUCAAAUGCAACUUGUUAUCUGGUGUUUUAAGUAUGAGUAUAAUGUGUACAUAACAAUGUAAAUCCUGUCGACUGUCGUUUAACGCACAA